ACGCCCCGCCCACGUGAGACAAGUGUGUGCGACAUGUGUAGUGGGAUGCUGGCUUCGCGACUCUGUCGUGUUGUUCUGAGAGGUCUGGAACCUCGGUUUCUUCCUGGUCUGUUGGUGUCGGAGAGGUUUCUUACAAGGACAACUUCCAGCCAGCUCUCACCUGCAAGGGACCAAACCGGAGCAGGAACUGGGCAAAAUAAGCAGCCGGGACUGAUAUGGGAGGGAUACAAAAGAAAUUUCAAAGGUGCCAUUCCACCCAAAAGAACGAGACUGAGGUGUAAGCGUGGAACUAAACUGUGUGGUAAUCCGUGUCCCAUUUGUCGUAAUGAGAUUGAGAUUUCGUACACUGACCAUGAGUUGCUGGAGCAGUUCUUGUGUCCACAUACUGGUCAGAUUCUGGAGGCUAGUAAGACAGGUCUUUGUCGACAACAGCAGAAGAGAUUGACUGCAGCAGUUGAAAAGGCAUGGGAGAAUGGUGUUCUACCCUACCCCAUUCCAAGAGAGCUGCCCGAGGAAACGUAUAGGAUUCCACCAUGGAAUCAAAUUUACACCAGAUAGAAAAUUUCACCUUACAUUGAUAUUGUCACAGAAGCUUACAAUGUAGAUGUGUACAUACACACAUAAUACUCUUCUGGUCUGGGAAAAUGUUAUGUUUGUGAUGGCUUGUUGGUAAUUUUUCUACUUCAUAUUCUGGAUAAUCAACUGCAGGCCACUGUCACCUUAGGGGUAGUGUUCUGCCCCUGAGUGUCUGGUGGCUUUGUGCCAGGCAUCUACGCAUUUGCUUGCCACAGGAGUUCUCCAGCUUCCAACUGCUUUGAAUCCUGCCUUACUCCAGCUCCACACGUUGUAGUAUGGAGCAGGAGACUAGUUCGGUCGAGUCGAAGAAAUGGUGAAGAGCUGCUGUGCAGUUGGCUGCACCAAUCGUUAUCACAAUGGCUGUGGACUGAGCUUCUACCGAUUUCCUACUGAUAGUUGCAGACGCAGCAAAAAGAUAACUGCUAUAAAAAGAAAACAGUAAUCGUGUACAACUUCGUUUCAUCACUGGUUUACUAUACAGGUAAAAAGCCCAUGUGCUUUCAAUAUUUGAAGAGUUUUAUUGAUAAAACUUCGAUUGCCCUUGUUUGAUCAGGAUCUUGCAUAUCGCAUUCGAGUACACAAAACAACCAUCUCGCAUUUUCAGGAGAUGGAUUGAUGUUAUGUAAAACCGCUAAUAAUAUGGCAAGGACGAGAAGAAUUACAAAAAACUAUGACUGUAGAUUUCAAAACA